AUGUCGUCUGUGAAGGUGGCGGUGAGGGUCCGCCCCUUCAACUCGCGAGAGAUCGCGAGGGAGAGCAAAUGCAUCAUCGAGAUGUCCGGCAAUACUACAGUUAUCGUCAACCCUAAGCUGCCGCCGGGCACAAAGGAAAGCCCAAAAAGCUUCAACUUUGAUUUCUCGUAUUGGUCGCACAACCCAAGUGAUCCUGAGUUUUCCUCACAAAUAAUGGUCUACAAAGACAUCGGAGAAGAAAUGUUGCAGCACGCUUUUGAUGGCUACAAUAUAUGCAUAUUUGCAUACGGGCAAACGGGUGCUGGGAAGUCAUACACUAUGAUGGGGCGUGGCGAAGACGGUCAAGAGGGUAUCAUUCCACAGAUUUGCAAAGACCUUUUCCGGCGCAUACGACAAACCACUUCUGAAGACCUCAAAUAUUCGGUGGAGGUCUCAUAUAUGGAGAUCUACUGUGAGCGAGUGCGAGACCUGCUCAAUCCCAAGAACAAAGGAAAUCUGCGAGUCCGUGAACAUCCAGCUCUCGGUCCCUACGUGGAGGACCUCAGUAAACUCGCUGUUAUGUCCUAUCAGGAUAUUUACGACCUCAUUGAUGAGGGGAAUAAAGCCAGAACUGUAGCUGCUACAAACAUGAACGAGACGUCGUCUCGCUCGCACGCUGUAUUUACUAUCUUCUUUACUCAGCAGCGUCAUGACAAAAUAACUAAUUUGGUCUCCGAAAAGGUGUCUAAAAUAUCGCUAGUGGAUCUAGCGGGUUCUGAGCGAGCGGACUCAACAGGAGCGAAAGGCACACGGCUCAAAGAAGGGGCUAACAUCAACAAAUCUUUGACUACCCUCGGAAAAGUCAUUUCAGCGCUUGCUGAGAUUGCAUCAAAAAGCAAGAAGUCGAAAAAGGCUGAUUUUAUACCAUACCGUGACUCGGUGCUCACGUGGCUACUUCGAGAGAAUCUUGGUGGAAACUCCAAGACAGCUAUGAUUGCCGCCAUCUCGCCAGCGGAUAUCAACUACGAUGAAACCCUUAGUACUCUGAGGUAUGCCGAUCGCGCUAAACAAAUCGUCUGCAAAGCUGUCGUCAAUGAAGACGCGAACGCUAAACUCAUCCGCGAGCUCAAGGAGGAAAUACUCAAACUCCGAGAGCUCCUCAAGGCUGAAGGCAUCGAUGUUGAGGAAGCAGAGCCUUCGCCCAUGCGCAAGAAGAGUGAGGAAGAAGUGCUUUCGCCAAAGCUGUCUCGUGCGGCCACCACGAUCGCUGAAGAGGCUGUUGACCAGCUGCAGGCUUCUGAGAAACUUAUUGCUGAACUUAAUGAGACGUGGGAGGAAAAACUGAAACGCACCGAACAAAUCCGAGUGCAACGCGAAGCGGUGUUUGCGGAGAUGGGUCUCGCUGUAAAAGAAGGAAUCACUGUCGGGGUUUACUCGCCUAAAAAGACGCCGCAUUUGGUCAACCUCAAUGAAGAUCCUAACCUCUCUGAGUGUCUUAUUUACUAUAUCAAGGAUGGUAUAACUCGCGUCGGGACGGCGGAAGCGAAUGUGCCGCAAGACAUUCAGUUGUCAGGUUCGCACAUUGUGAGCGAACAUUGCAUAUUCGAGAAUACGGAUGGCGUCAUCUGCCUCAUUCCGCAUCGUGGGGCACUUGUCUAUGUUAAUGGCAGAGAGGUGAAUGAGCCGAUCAUCCUCAAAACUGGAUCUCGUGUUAUACUUGGCAAAAACCACGUUUUUCGUUUCACGCAUCCUGGUCAACCACGUGAGGAACCACUUAACAACAAAUUGCUGGCUGAUUCUCCAGGGGUUGUCGAAGAAAAAGAGAGUGACACUGAGAACGAGAACGUAGACUGGGACUUCGCGCAGUGCGAGUUGCUGGAGAAGCAAGGCAUCGAUCUCAAACAGGAGAUGCAAAAACGUUUGUGCGUACUCGAAGAGCAGUUCCGUAAAGAGAAGGAGCAUGCUGACCAGCAGUUUGAGGAGCAAAGAAAGAACUACGAAGCUCGCAUCGACGCACUUCAGCGUCAGGUGGAGGAGCAAAGUGUCACCAUGUCGAUGUAUAGCUCCUAUACACCGGAAGAUUUCCACAACGACGAGGAUAUAUUUGUGAACCCACUAUUCGAGACAGAAUGUUGGUCGGCUCGCGAGGUGGGGCUGGCUGCGUGGGCCUUCCGCAAGUGGAAAUACCACCAGUUCACUUCGCUCAGAGACGAUCUUUGGGGCAACGCGAUCUUCCUUAAGGAAGCCAACGCGAUUUCCGUAGAGCUCCGCAAGAAGGUCCAAUUCCAAUUCACCUUGCUAACCGACACGCCGUACUCGCCCCUUCCGGCUGAGUUGGCACCCCGCGACGACGCUGAUGAUGAGUAUCGCCCCAGCGCACCCACGGUCGUCGCCGUCGAAGUAACGGACACCAAGAAUGGCGCAACGCACUACUGGACUUUGGAAAAGCUACGACAUCGUCUGGAGCUCAUGCGCCAGAUUUACAACAUGAACGAGUCAGCAUGUUCUGAGGAUGAUGAACCGACCCCCACCAUAAGGCCGCCCUCGCCACCCAUCCAACAAACACCGAAACCCGACGCAGAUCUCUUGCAGUGCAUAUCGGCGUGCGCGCAACAGACUCGACUAUCGCUUGUCAACUUGUUACCUUCGAGACAACGCCUGGAGCUAAUGCGCGAGAUGUACCACAACGAAGCGGAGCUGUCCCCGACCUCCCCCGAUCAUAACAUCGAAUCCGUUACGGGUGGCGAUCCGUUCUAUGACCGAUUCCCUUGGUUCCGCCUAGUGGGAAGGAGCUUUGUCUACCUUUCGAAUCUUCUGUAUCCGGUUCCCCUCAUUCAUAAAGUGGCGAUAGUGAAUGAGAAAGGAGACGUUAAAGGUUACCUGAGAGUAGCUGUGCAGGCGGUCGUCGACGCUGAAAAGAAUAAUGCAGACUUCGUAGCGGGUGUGAAGCAGUCCGCAAAAAUAUCAUUCGAUGACGACAUCGUCCCAACAAGGUCACGAUUGAAGACCUUGUCUACUACAGAAAAGAAUAACGCCAUCAAUUUGGAAGAUCGACCCGAGCAGGAUUCUAAUAUUAAAAUCGAAGAAUUAGCAGCUGCUGAAUGUGACGCUGACAGCGGUCGUGGGGACAGUUCCCUCGCCUCGGAGCUGAAGGAAGAUGAACUACCAGAACACCUGACUCCUGGCAAGGAGUUCACCUUCCGCGUGACUGUGCUUCAGGCACAUAGCGUAUCCACCGAUUACGCUGAUGUAUUCUGUCAAUUCAAUUUCCUUCAUCGAAACGAGGACGCCUUUUCAACCGAACCAGUUAAAAAUGCUGGCAAGAACACACCACUCGGCUUCUAUCAUGUACAGAAUAUAACUGUACCGGUAACUAAAUCGUUCGUUGAAUACAUUAAAACACAACCAAUAGUCUUUGAAGUGUUUGGACAUUAUCAGCAACAUCCUCUACACAAGGAUGCCAAACAGGACGGACCUGUAGCUGGACGUACGCCACCAAGACGAAUGCUGCCACCUUCAAUUCCCAUUUCAGCCCCAGUCCGAAGCCCUAAGUGGGGCGCUGCGAGCGUCGCUCCGCCCUGCUGCUCCUCCCACUUACAUUCCAAGCACGAUCUACUCGUCUGGUUUGAAAUUUGCGAGCUUGCGCCCAAUGGAGAAUAUGUCCCUGCAGUGUUUGAGCACAGCGACGAGCUGCCUUGUCGCGGACUAUUCCUCCUGCAUCAGGGCAUACAGAGACGUAUCCGUAUAACAAUCUUGCACGAACCGUCCUCAGACCUCCAGUGGACUGAUGUUAGGGAACUGGUUGUUGGACGCAUUCGCAACUCACCUGAGGCCAACGAAGACACGACUGACGGAGAUGAAGAUGGGGCCUUGUCCCUUGGCCUGUUCCCAGGGGAACGGCCAAAUCUUGACGAUCGCGCUGUAUUCAGAUUUGAAGCCGCGUGGGACAGCAGUCUGCAUGGUUCUCCGUUGCUCAACCGAGUUAGCGCCAACGGUGAAGUUGUCUAUAUCACACUCAGCGCUUAUCUCGAGAUCGAGAACUGCGGUCGUCCAGCGAUAGUAACGAAGGACCUCUCGGUGGUAGUGGUGGGUCGUGAAGCUCGCACGGGCCGCUCGUUGCGCCGAGCACUCUUUGGCUCGAAAACCGCAAGGGCGGACCGGCUCACCGGAGUCUACGAGUUGAGCCUACAUCGCGCUUUGGAACCAGGCGUACAACGCCGUCAGCGGCGUGUACUCGAUACGAGCGGAACUUAUGUCCGUGGAGAGGAAAACCUGCACGGCUGGAGACCACGCGGCGACUCGCUCAUAUUCGAUCACCAGUGGGAACUAGAGAAAAUGACUCGGCUCGAACAAGUUGGACGGACGCGCCACUUAUUGGCUCUUCGUGAGCGACUCAGGCACGGACACGAGAACACCGUGGCUCCCAACGAUUUUACAAAAACAGAAAAGGAGGUAUGCAAUAUGGCGGCGAAGGCUGCCUCUGAGUGCGCACACGCACGUGACGAAGCCCUGUACGAACCCUGGGAGAUGACACAGAAGGAGAAGGAACUUACUACUAAAUAUAUUAAGCUGAUACAAGGUCGAAUAGGCACAAACACAAACAAAGAGGUAGAGACGGCGGUGUCGCCCGCGACGCCAGUAGACGAAGGAGUGUCUGCUGACAUUUCUACACCCAGUCUACUGUCCUCUAUACACAGCGCUAGCAGCUUUGAACUGUGUUCGCCGGAACGAGCACUAUUAGAGAAGUCCAUAUCGGGAUGGGGGUGCGGCGUGGGUGCACCAAUGGGCCCGAUGUCGGUGUCGGGCUUGGGCGUGGGAGGGGCGCUGUACGUGCCCGAGUGCGAAGAGGUGCGCGUGUCCGCCGCGGUGGCACGACGUGGAUAUCUUAAUGUCCUCCAACACGGUACACACGGGUGGAAGAAGCGAUGGCUGGUGGUGCGACGGCCGUACGUCUUCAUGUACCGCGACGAGCGAGACCCCAUCGAACGCGCUCUGAUCAACCUCGCCAAUGCGCACGUCGAGUAUUCAGAGGAUCAGGAGCAGAUGGUGCGCAUGCCCAACACCUUCAGCGUUGUGAGCAAGGAGCGCGGUUACCUGUUACAAACUCUCGGCGACAAAGAAGUGCACGACUGGUUAUAUGCUAUCAACCCGCUACUUGCCGGACAGAUAAGGUCGCGGUCAGCCCGCCGCGGCGCUCCCCCCUCCACACCUCCUGCCGGGGAGAAGGCCGCGCAGCUCGCUGCAUGA